ACUCCCAGCUCGACAACCACUGCCACCCCUCCAGCUCGGCUGUCACCUGCCCUAGGAGACGCAGCCGCCGGACCCUGCCCAGGGCACUCAUGCCUAGGCGACCACCGUGUCCCAGACCAAAAUGCUGAAGGUCCGCGUGACCCUCUUCUGCAUCCUGGCAGGCAUCGUGCUGGCCAUGACAGCCGUGGUAACCGACCACUGGGCUGUGCUGAGCCCCCAUAUGGAGCACCACAACACCACCUGCGAGGCGGCCCACUUCGGCCUCUGGCGGAUUUGUACCAAGCGCAUCCCCAUGGACGACAGCAAGACCUGCGGGUCCAUCACCCUGCCCGGGGAGAAGAACUGUUCCUACUUCAGGCAUUUUAACCCCGGCGAGAGCUCGGAGAUCUUCGAAUUCACCACUCAGAAGGAGUACAGCAUCUCGGCAGCCGCCAUCGCCAUCUUCAGCCUUGGCUUCGUCAUCCUGGGCAGCCUCUGUGUCCUCCUGUCCCUCGGGAAGAAGAGGGACUACCUGCUGCGGCCUGCGUCCAUGUUCUACGCCUUUGCAGGUCUCUGCAUCCUCGUCUCGGUGGAGGUCAUGCGGCAGUCGGUGAAGCGCAUGAUUGACAGUGAGGACACAGUCUGGAUCGAGUACUAUUAUUCCUGGUCCUUUGCCUGCGCCUGUGCUGCCUUCGUCCUCCUCUUCCUCGGUGGUCUUGCCCUCCUGCUGUUCUCCCUGCCUCGAAUGCCCCAGAACCCAUGGGAGUCCUGCAUGGAUGCUGAGCCUGAGCACUAGCCCUCCUGUGGCCCUAGCGACCCUCAGGCUUCUUCCCCAGGAACCGGGUCUUGGCCUGGAACCUUCCAGAGAGGAGGCGGGAGCAAUUUUAGCUCCACUCUGCUCCCAUCUGCCCCCCUGCAACAGUCGCAGGCUGCUUCCUCUCUCUGAGCUCCUCUGGGCCGCCUCAGGCUCCCGUGGGAAUAGGGCAAGAGGACGUGAGUCCCAACCUGGCCACAGUUGGGGGAGGCAGAGCCAGCAGGUGGACAGGUGUUUUGCAGGGGCCCAACUUCCCCUGGAGCUCAGAGGUGUCCCCACUGUGCCAGCCUCUGAUAAGCUGCCUCCAGUUGUCCUUUAUGAACAUUGCAGGGACAACCUGUGUUUGCCAGUUCUGGGUGUUCUGUGUAAAUAGCCAGCCUGUCUCUUUCUCGGUGAUAAAACACACCCUCUCUGGUGAGCCCAGCGUCCCCUCCUUGGCUUCCAGGAGCCCUGGGAAGCAUUUUUAACUGGGUAGAAUCUGACUGUGGCUUGAAAUAAAAAGCUCUCAGAAAA